AUGGCAGUCAACUACCGACAUGGUCUCUCCAUCCUGGAACUGAUUGUAUACUUUCCAGCUCUGUUCAUAUCGCUAUGGAUGGGCUUUCGCCAUGGCUUCCAGAGAAGCUCCGGAUGGGUUCUCUUGGUGAUCUUUUCUUUGGCACGCAUCAUCGGCUCGUGCUGCUACCUGGCCACGAUCAGCCAUCCUGCCACGAUAAACCUAUAUAUCGCGUGGGGUGUUUGCACUUCCAUCGGACUGGCCCCUCUGACAUCCACCUGCCUUGCACUCUUAUCCCGAGCUAACGACUCCAUCGAACGAAAAACCGGACGAGGCGUUCAUCCCCUCCUCUUCAGACUCCUAGGUCUCAUCACACUUGUGGGCAUGAUCCUAUGUAUCGUUGGUUCAACCAAGAGUACCAACCUCACGGAUAUCGUGAACAGCAGCGAGGCCAAGAUUGGCGACGUUCUGUACCUUGUUGCCUGGGUUGGUCUUUGUGCUAUGCUUCUCCUCAUCGGCAGCAAGUACCAAAGCAUCGAGGCCGGUGAGCACCGCUUGCUUCUGGCCGUCGGGAUCUCGGUUCCCUUGCUUUUCGUCCGCCUCAUCUACUCUCUCCUGUCGGUCUUCACGCAUAGAUCCACCUUCAAUAUGUUCACGGGGAAUGUCACUGUUAUGCUGUUCAUGACAGUCUUGGAGGAGAUUGCUAUUGUUGUCAUCUGUCUGGGAGUGGGUGUGACCUUGGUUGCACGUCCACGCACAGCGGAGUAUGAAGCCUGCGACAUGUCGGCCCAGGCGGGCUCUGCGCUUGAGUCUCAGCAGAGCCCUGAGGAGACGUACAACGCCAAAAGACGGCAACGUCGGCAGAACAGGAGACGUGGUGGCCCGAUUACUCAACUUGUUCGACUGAUAAUUGAUAAGAUCAACCACAGAGGGGAGUGA